AUGGCUUCCACUGUCUUUUCAAGAGCUCCGUCUAUCCUCUCUUCAACAACAAUACGACGGCGUUUGCCCCUAGUCGGGGCGUUUUGCAUGUUAAGCUUAGGCCUCUCUAAUCUAUCCCCAGCUAUCUCUUCUUCUCUCAAAACGGGUAGCGCUCAGUCUCUCCCAUUUAUUCCUCUCUUAAGAUCAAAGUUUGGUAGCCAAGCAGCAGCAACACAAGCUAGUAAUAUCGGAAUGGAAGGAAAUUCCGACACCGUAUCAAGUAUUGUUGUUUAUGUUACUGUCCCUAACAGAGAAGCAGGAAAGAAGUUGGCCAACAGCAUAGUCAAAGAGAAACUGGCAGCAUGUGUAAACAUAGUACCUGGUAUUGAAUCAGUGUAUCAAUGGCAGGGAGAGAUCCAGUCAGAUGCUGAGGAACUGUUGAUAAUCAAGACUAGGCAAUCCCUGCUGGAAGCACUGACAGAGCACAUCAAAGCAAACCAUGAAUAUGAGGUACCAGAAGUAAUCUCCUUGCCCAUAACUGGAGGCAGCAUUCCGUACUUAAAAUGGCUCAAAGACAGCACAAGGGACUGA